UUUACCGACCCCUCACCCCUCAGUGGGCCGCGGCUCUCGUUACGUCACUUCCCCUUCCGGCUCCUCCUCCAAGGAGGGCGGCCCCGGUACGGCGGCCGGGCGGGAGCGGCGCGACGGGAGCCAUGGAGAUGCAGUCGUACUACGCGAAGCUGCUGGGGGAGCUGAACGAGCAGCGCAAGAGGGACUUCUUCUGUGACUGCAGCAUUAUCGUGGAGGGCAGGAUCUUCAAGGCGCACAAGAACAUCCUGUUUGCCAACAGCGGCUACUUCCGAGCGCUGCUCAUCCACUACAUCCAGGACAGCGGCAGGCACAGCACCGCCUCGCUGGACAUCGUCACCUCCGAGGCCUUCUCCAUCAUCCUGGACUUCCUUUAUUCCGGGAAGCUGGAUCUGUGUGGGGAAAACGUCAUCGAGGUGAUGUCUGCAGCCAGCUACCUGCAGAUGACUGACGUGGUUAACUUCUGCAAGACCUACAUCCGCUCCUCGCUGGAUAUCUGCAGGAAGAUAGAGAGGGAAGCAGCUUUCUACCAGGCUGAUAGUGGGAGCACCGGGUCUGCCAGAGAGGGCACCUCCUUCAGCUCCAAGAGCCAGUGCUCUGCCUCUGUGUCCUCCCUGCAGGAGAAGGAAGGGAUGUCUGAUUGCCAGCAGGACCCUCCCUGCGGCGAGUGCAGCGGUUGCCAUCCCCUGGAGCUCGUGGUCCGGGACCCCGUCAGCAGCGACUCCGCGGACGAUGUCAACUCCUCACUGCCCAAAGGGGUGGAACCCAAAGUGGAGUUUGACUCGGAUGAGGUGGAGGUGGAGGUGGAAGCGGGUGAGCGGCUGCCGCAGUACCCGACCCCGCUGUCCCUGGAGCAGAUGGAAGAGGGGCUGCACAGCGGGCAGGCCAUGGACUUGGCCUGCAAUAACUAUCACAUGAAACAGUUCCUCGAGGCCCUCCUGCGCAACAGCUCGGCUCAGAGAAAGGAGGACGUGGUCCAUCACUUUGUCCGGGGCUUUGAGGGUAGGCCAGAGGAUGCAGGGGUGGCAGUGAGCUCCAUGAUGGACAUUCACAGCGACUGGUAUGGUGAGGACACAGGUGACGUGUUAGUGGUGCCCAUCAAGCUUCACAAGUGCCCGUUCUGCCCCUACACAGCAAAGCAGAAGGGGAUCCUCAAGAGGCACAUCCGCUCGCACACGGGGGAGCGGCCCUACCCCUGUGAGACCUGCGGGAAGCGCUUCACACGCCAGGAGCACCUCCGCAGCCACGCGUUAAGUGUGCAUCGAUCAAACAAGCCAAUCAUCUGCAAAGGCUGCAGGAGAACCUUCACCAGCAGCCUGUCCCAAGGCUUGCGGCGCUUCGGCUUGUGCGACAGCUGUACCUGUGUGACCACCACCCACGAGGACUCGAUGCCCAUCAAUCUCAGCCUGAUGGAGCAGUCAUCAGAAGGCCAAGAGAAGGGUGAUGCUGAUAACGACUGGCCUAUAUAUGUGGAGUCUGGAGAGGAAAAUGAUCCAGCCGAUGAUGAGGAUGCUGAUGGUGAUGACAAGCAGGAGAUCCACAGGAGCUUGUCAGACCGAGAAACACUUAUGUAGCAGUGAGAGGAGAAUGGGGGUGUUUGAAGUGUCUCUAUGACAGUGGUCGGUCUG